AUGCCGGACGAGCACAAUGUGCCGUCCACGCGUCACAAGCGACGUGCCGCCGAACCCGCACCACAAUCUAAGCACAAACGUCCCCGUUUUACUUCUGAAACCGACGACGAGAGUGACUCGCGCAGCGAGCCUGAAGGUUCUGUUGGACCUCCCUCAUACCCGAACCGCACCUUCCCUCAACAUAUCCCGAUGAACAAGCAUUUUUCUUUGUUCUACCGCCGGUUCCCUGUUAGUUCGUAUAACUCUGACGGUCCCACAAACGGCCUUUCUGACGCCGUGUUUAACCCGCCAACUGAUCCUCUCAGUUUAUACCAUCCCCGCUUUGUCAAGGGCAAGGGAAGGACUAAAGUGGGCCUGUGUCCUUGCUGCUCCGAAGACCCCACACGGGGCGGUGGAGGGACGAAAGUGUGGCUGUCCCUGAAAUUCUCCGCAUAUAAUUAUCAUAUGCAGUUUAACCAUGGGAUUUCUGCUUCGACUGGGCUCCCGUUCUCACCGCCAAUGGAGUUCCGCAUCGUCGCCCGCGCGGAAGUGGGCAAACAUGAGAAGGCACGGAUGACCCAGGGGCGGUGUCACCGCUGCAAGGAGUGGGUCCCUAUCGAAGGGAUUAAGGACGUGCCUGUGAAGGUGAAGGAGAUUUUCUGGUGGAAGCAUGCGGCGUCGUGCCACCAGGGCUCGAUGAUCUCCGGCGAGCAAGACUUUUACGUCGAGGACGACAUCUACCAGAGCCGACUGGCUGAACGGGACGCCGCCGACGGAGAUGGGGAGAACUCCGAAGAUGCCGACGUCGACGGUGUCCACGAUGCCAACACAGGACACGAUGUCGAUAAUACUAGCAACGACUCCGCUGCGUGA